AUGAAGUUCUCGUCUUCUUUGGCCCUUGCCUGUCUGGCGGCCCAGGCCGCUGGUGCUGCUAUUAGCCAUUCGGUGAAUGGAUUUACUUUCAAUGAACACCCGGAUCCUGUUAAGCGGGAUUUGCUGCAGAAAUAUGUCACUUGGGAUGACAAGUCUCUCUUUGUCAAUGGCGAGAGGCUCAUGCUCUUUAGUGGUGAAAUUCACCCAUAUCGUUUGCCUGUUCCAUCUUUGUGGAUUGAUGUGCUCCAAAAAGUCAAGGCUUUAGGAUUCAACUGCGUUUCUUUCUAUAUCGACUGGGCUCUGCUGGAAGGUAAGCCGGGUGAGUAUACUGCCGAGGGAAUUUUUGCCCUGGAGCCAUUCUUCGACGCCGCCAAAGAGGCCGGCAUCUAUCUUCUGGCCCGCCCUGGACCUUACAUCAAUGCUGAAGCGUCAGGUGGUGGUUUUCCAGGAUGGCUUCAGCGUGUGAAUGGAACUCUGCGAACUAGUGACGAGGCCUACCUGAAGGCAACGGAUAACUACAUUGCCCAUGUUGCCGCAACCAUGGCCAAGGGUCAAAUCACCAAUGGAGGACCUAUCAUUCUUUACCAACCCGAGAACGAAUAUAGUGGCGCGUGUUGUGGAUACAACGAUUUCCCAGACGGAGGUUAUAUGCAAUACGUGGAGGACCAGGCUCGCAAGGCUGGAAUUGUCGUGCCUCUUAUUAGCAAUGAUGCCUCGCCUGGCGGCCACAAUGCCCCUGGAACUGGUGAGGGGGCUGUAGAUAUCUACGGCCAUGAUGGUUACCCUCUCGGCUUUGACUGCGCAAACCCUGCUACCUGGCCAGAGGGUGAUCUGCCUACUAAUUUCUAUACCACACACAUGAAACAGAGUCCCUCAACCCCAUACUCUCUGAUUGAGUUCCAAGGCGGUGCUUUCGAUCCUUGGGGAGGUGUCGGGUUCACGAAGUGUGCUGCCCUCCUGAACCAUGAAUUCGAGAGAGUGUUCUAUAAGAACAAUCUCAGCUUCCGAGUUGCAUUCUUCAACCUGUACAUGAUCUUUGGUGGUACCAAUUGGGGCAACCUGGGUCACCCCGGUGGAUACACAUCCUAUGAUUAUGGUUCCCCGAUUACUGAAUCUCGCAACAUCACCCGCGAGAAGUACAGUGAGCUAAAGCUGAUUGGCAACUUUGCCAGAGUGUCACCGGCCUACCUUGUGUCAACACCAGGAAGCUUGACCACUUCCAAGUACACCACCUCGUCUGAUCUGGCCGUAACCCCCCUGCUCGGAGGCAACAGCACGGCGUCUUCCUUCUUCGUCGUCCGACACUCUGACUACUCGAGUCGAGCGUCCGUCGACUAUAAGCUCAAGGUUCCUACUAGCGUCGGUAAAGUGACUAUUCCUCAGCUUGGUGGAAGCCUUACUCUAAGCGGCCGUGAUUCCAAGAUUCAUGUCGUUGAUUAUGAUGUGGCUGGCACAAACAUCCUCUACUCUUCUGCUGAGGUGUUUACCUGGGCGAAGACUGGUAAAUCCAAGGUUCUUGUGUUGUACGGUGGCCCUGGUGAGCACCACGAGCUGGCUGUAUCUUCCAAGUCAAAGGCCUCGGUUAUUGAAGGGUCAUCGUCGAGUAUCACCACCAAGCAGGUGGGUAAGGCGGUUGUUAUUGGCUGGGAUGUAUCCACCACUCGUCGUAUCGUGCAACUGGGUGAUUUGCAGAUUGUUCUUUUGGACCGGAACUCUGCCUACAACUACUGGGUCCCUCAGCUCCCAACCACGGGAACAAGCCCUGGCUAUAGCUCCCAAAAAGUCACCGCCUCAUCUCUCAUCGUCAAGGCCGGCUACCUCGUCCGGACUGCUUAUGUGCAAGGCAGUGACCUUCAUCUCACUGCUGAUUUCAACGCCACAACACCGAUUGAGGUGAUUGGCGCUCCGCCCAAGGCCAAGAAUCUAGUCAUCAACGGCAAGAAAGCACAGGUCAAGGUUGACAAGAACGGAAUCUGGUCAAGCAGCGUUUCUUACACAGCCCCAAAGAUCGAGCUUCCGACUCUGAAGAGUCUGAAGUGGAAGUCUAUUGAUACUCUACCCGAGAUCAAGGACUCGUACGAUGACUCCGCAUGGGUUUCCGCAGACCAACCCACCCAGAACAGCAUCCAUAAACUUAAGACCCCAACCUCGCUUUUCUCUUCUGACUACGGCUUCCACACGGGGACCCUCCUCUUCCGUGGCCACUUCGUCGCAACUGGCAACGAGAAGACUUUCUUCGUACAGACUCAAGGUGGCAGUGCAUUUGGAAGCGCUGUAUGGCUGAACGAAAAGCACAUAGGAUCAUGGGGCGGAAUUUCCAUCGACGCCGACCACAAUGGAACCUACACACUCCCAACCUUGAAGAAGGGCAAGUCGUACGUGUUCACCGUAGUCGUGGAUAACAUGGGUCUGAACGAAAACUGGAUCGUCGGCGAAGACCAGAUGAAGAACCCCCGUGGUAUCCUCAACUACGAGCUAUCCGGCCGAGCUGCGGGUGACAUCACCUGGAAAUUGACGGGCAACCUAGGCGGCGAGGAUUACCUGGAUAAAGUGCGUGGCCCGCUCAAUGAGGGUGGUCUCUACGCCGAGCGUCAGGGUUUCCACCAGCCCCAGCCGCCGAGCCAGAACUGGAAAUCUGCCAGUCCCUUCGAUGGCCUGUCGGCGCCUGGAAUCAAUUUCUACAGUGCAAGCUUUGAUCUGAAUAUUGAGAAGGGCUGGGAUGUUCCUCUAUAUUUUAACUUUGGGAACACCACGUCGCCGGCUGCUUACCGUGUCCAGCUUUAUGUCAAUGGGUACCAGUACGCCAAAUAUGUGAACAAUAUUGGUCCCCAGACCAGUUUCCCUGUUCCCGAGGGUAUUCUCAACUACCGGGGCACCAACUAUUUGGGGUUGAGUCUGUGGGUGUUUGAAUCCGAUGGUGCUAAGUUGGAUGGUUUGGACUUGAUUCAUACUACUCCUGUUCUGACGGCGCUGAAGGUUGAGUCGGUGGAACAGCCUAAGUAUAAUAAGCGGAAGGGGGUUUAUUAG